AAAAAUUCUAUUAUUUUUAUCCAAGAGAUUGCACACAUGGCUUUCAACAUAAUCUCUACAAGUGCAUGGUUUAUUCGAGCAACUAAAAAAUCACAUUGGUUUUUUAUUUGAUUUAAUUAUUAAUGGUUUAUUCCAUAAGAUAAAUAUUGAUGCAUGUGUGUUAGCUACUAUCGGUAGAGAUAUUCAUUAAUGGUUUAUCACAUCUCUAAGCCAAAACUACCUCUAUGUAUCGUAAGCAAUAUUCAUUUUUUUAUAUAAAUGCCGGUAGAGAUAUAAGUGCCACGAACACAUAUUUAAUUUUCCUUCCAUCAAGUAAUGAUACAUUUAUUUUUAUUUCAAAAAUAAUACACGUCUUUCUCUUCCUUCCAUAAAAUAAUAAUGUCAAUUAUUAUCCUUCCAAACAAAUAAUAACGUGAAAUAUGGGUGAAUGCAUGUGCAAAGAAAAAUAAAAUAUGUGCCAAAAAAAGUAAUACGCAUGUACAAAAGUGGAUAUAGAAAAUUGUUGGUGUAAAAAGUACUAUGCUUUAAUUUUUUAUUAUGAUGCCACUCAACUCACACACGCGUCUUAGGAAAGUCCAUUCAUCAAAGCAUAUCUUUUCAUAGUUUGAUUACACGUCCAUUCAUUAGAGCAUACCCUUGCUAAUAUUACCACGCAUAUUAUGCAUCUUCGAAGAAUAUUAUUGCAAGCAAAGUUUGAGAAAGCUAGCCACGCUUGUGCUGAGGAAUCUUGUAUUGCUCUGUUGUGAUAUUACCAGUAACACACCAUUUUUUUCUUUUAAAAAAUCAUAUACAAAACUUAACAUUCCAGUAAAUUGCCUUCCCGUUAUGGGUUUAAGUGAAAAAAACCAGUUCCAUAAAACCCUCGCUGCUGCCUGUAUGCAGUAGCCUACCUCAGCGCGCCGCCGCCACGCCUUCACCAUGGCCGCGACGGCGCCGGCCACCGACCCUCCGGACUCCUCCCCGGCCGUCACUACCGACUCUCCCCCUCCUCCGCGGCCCUCCCCGGAGGAGCUGGUGGCCCGCGCCGUCGCCCCCGUCAAGCCCGCCUUCCUCCGCCCGCCGCCCAUCCGCGAGGUCCCCAAGGAGGAGGGUAAGGCCGCCGGCGGCGGGGCCGUCGUCACGGGAGAGAAGAAGUCCAAGCGCCAGCUCAAACGCGAGCGCCAGCAGGAACAAAAGUCUGCUUCUCAUCUUUGUAUUGAAGUAGGGAAAAGUGGAAAUGUGGACUCAUGCAAAUACGGUACUUCUUGCCGUUUCAGCCAUGACAUCAAUGCUUAUCUGGCUCAGAAACCAGGUGACCUUGAAGGAACAUGCCCAUUUACCAUGUUGGGGCAGUUGUGCCCAUAUGGAUUAACUUGUCGGUUCCUUGGUACACAUAAGGAUAACCUUGCUCCUCAAAAUCAUUCAGAGGGGAACCAUGAGAGAAAUCCUUUGAGCAAAGAUAUUCAGAAGCUCUUAUGGAAGAACAAAUAUAAAUUUCCCAAGGCCAGUGCCCAGAUCAAGCUUCUCGGUCUUAAGGAUGGAAACAAGAAUAAAGCUAAAGCAGCAAAUGAUGAUAAUCCAGAUGAAGCAUGUGAGCUAAAUGACGAUGACAAAACUGAAUCUCUUUCUUGCAUUCCCGUGAAUGUUGAACCUGAUCCCACUUUGUGCAAAGAAAUAAAUAAUUCAGAGGGAGAACCUUUGGUUGUUAGCUCAGUUCAAUGUGUGGAGCCAAGGCCAUUAAAGAAAUCAAAGGUUGAAGUUGAUGAAACUCUGAAUGAUGGGACUGGUAUUCAUGACAAUGGGGCAGAAUCUGAAGAUCUUAAUUUAAUCAAUGGAAUAAAAGUUUCCUCAAAUAACCAAAGUUCCUGCAGAGUUGACCUCAUCACAACACCUCAUUUACGUGAAAAGAAAAUUAUAGAUUUUCGAGAGAAGCUUUACCUUGCUCCCUUGACAACUGUCGGGAACCUUCCUUUUCGGAGGCUCUGUAAAACCUUGGGAGCUGAUAUUACUUGUGGAGAAAUGGCGAUGUGCACAAAUCUUUUACAGGGGCAAGCUUCAGAGUGGGCUUUGCUACGACGGCAUCCAUCAGAGGAUUUGUUUGGGGUGCAAAUCUGUGGACCGUAUCCAGAUACAGUAGCACGAACGGUUGAACUUGUGGAUAAUGAAUGUUCAGUUGACUUCAUAGACAUAAAUAUGGGCUGCCCAAUUGAUAUAGUUGUCAACAAGGGUGCUGGAUCAUCAUUGCUCACAAAACCUAUGAGGAUUAAAAGUAUUGUACAAGCGGCUUCUACUGUUACUGAAAAACUGUUAACUGUUAAGGUAAGAACAGCUUUCUUUGAGGGCAGGAAUCGUGCUGAUUCUAUAGUUUCAGACAUAUACGACUGGGGCGCUUCAGCCAUAACAAUACAUGGUCGAUCACGGCAACAACGCUACAGCAAACUUGCCGAUUGGGACUAUAUUUACCAGUGUGCACAGAAGGCCCCUGAUAAUUUGCAUGUCAUUGGAAAUGGUGAUGUAUUCUCCUUUACUGACUGGAACAAGCAUAUUUCGGACUGCUCCAAAAUUUCCACUUGCAUGAUUGCUCGAGGUGCUCUUAUCAAGCCUUGGUUAUUUACUGAGAUAAAAGAACAAAGGCAUUGGGACAUUACAUCUGGUGAGAGAUUAAAUAUCCUUAAAGAUUUUGUGCAUUUUGGUCUAGAACAUUGGGGCUCUGAUUCCAAAGGUGUGGAGACAACACGCCAUUUCUUGCUAGAAUGGUUAAGUUACACCUGCCGCUACAUUCCGGUUGGUCUGCUGGAUAUCAUCCCUCAACGAUUGAACUGGAGGCCACCAAGCUACUAUGGCCGGGAUGACCUUGAAACCCUGAUGGCAUCUGAUUCAGCAGCUGACUGGAUAAGGAUAUCUGAGAUGUUGCUUGGUAAAGUUCCGGAAGGAUUUACCUUUGCACCGAAGCACAAGUCUAAUGCCUAUGAUCGGGCAGAAAAUGGCUAAACACUCACCAGGCAUGGGACUGCAUUUAUUCAGAGUUAGCCACAGCCUCUGAGGUCCAUGCUGCCCUCAUUAUGUUUGAACCCAUCAGCCAUCAUGUAGUGUAACAUGAUUUUUCCUUUAUCCAAAUGGCGAUUGUAUCAAUUUGAAUAUAGGGUGCCAAUAACUGAAAGACCAAUUCUCGAUUCAAAAGCAAUAUUUGAAUAAUUUCAGUGGAUUUCGGAAAGGCUUGUAUGCGUUAGCGCAGCACCUUCAAAUAUCUUCGUGUUUGUCAGAUCUCAAAUCUUUGGCAAUCUAUUCACAUUUUAGCAGUGUCA